AUUCCAAUUCCAGGAGCAGUUUCUCAGAGACACGGUUUCAGGGCCAAAAGGACGGGAGGUCCUGCCGUAGCCCGCCCCUCUCCGAGACAUUGCGCGGAGGAAGCGCACCAGGGUGUCUGAGGAGUCCUGCAGCCCAGAGUCCUGUGGAACUUCAUGGAACAACACCUGGCUGAGCACCAAAAACGUGUUCUGCAACCCACCACAGAGAGACGCUAGUGUGGAGCACUCGGGAAUGCCGGAGCUGCAGCCCACCCUUCAGCGGCAGCCCCAGGAAGGAAGGCUGACGGCUCAGCUCACGGCAGGUGCACGUCCAGUGGAACAGGCUCAAACACGGAGAUGCCAGCAGCUUCCACUGCAAGCUGACUUUUCUUUCUAAGGGGAGAAGAGCCCAGAAUCUCCUUAAGGCUGUCCAGCUGGACCAGCAGUGGCAGGCAGAGAACUGGAAUUGGGUCUAGAUCAGCACAGAAACUCAGAAGACAAAGACAAACUCUUCUACAAUGUCAUACAGACGAGAACUAGAGAAAUACCGCGACCUGGAUGAAGAUGAAAUCCUCGGAGCCCUAACAGAGGAAGAGCUCAGGACCCUGGAAAAUGAGCUGGAUGAGCUGGACCCUGACGAAGCUGGCCCAGCACAUAUGAGUCAUCACUACUCCAAGUCCGGGCAUGAGCCUGAGGGGUUGCCUGUGAGGGGCAGGCACUACUCCUUGCAGAAUGCACUGCUGCCUGCAGGCCUGAGGCAGAAGGAUCAGACCACCAAGGCGCCCACGGGCCCCUUUAAAAGGGAGGAGCUCUUGGAUCACUUGGAAAAGCAAGCAAAGGAGUUUAAGGACCGAGAAGAUCUGGUCCCCUACACAGGGGAAAAGCGAGGGAAGGUCUGGGUCCCCAAGCAGAAGCCGAUGGACCCCGUGCUGGAAAGUGUGACGCUGGAGCCGGAGCUGGAGGAGGCCUUGGCGAACGCCUCGGACGCGGAGCUCUGUGACAUCGCAGCUAUCCUGGGCAUGCACACGCUCAUGAGCAACCAGCAGUACUACCAGGCCUUGGGCAGCAGCUCCAUCGUGAACAAGGAGGGACUCAACAGUGUGAUUAAACCGACGCAGUACAAGCCCGUGCCCGAUGAAGAGCCAAACUCCACAGACGUGGAGGAAACGCUGGAGCGGAUAAAGAGCAACGACCCGAAACUCGAAGAGGUGAACCUCAACAACAUCCGGAAUAUUCCCAUACCCACCCUCAAGGCGUACGCAGAAGCCCUGAAAAGCAACUCGUAUGUGAAGAAGUUCAGCAUCGUGGGGACACGGAGCAAUGACCCCGUGGCCUUUGCCCUAGCGGAGAUGCUCAAGGAGAACAAGGUGUUGAAGACACUGAACGUGGAAUCCAACUUCAUUUCCGGAGCUGGGAUCCUGCGCCUGGUGGAAGCUCUUCCACACAACACUUCUCUGGUGGAACUGAAAAUUGAUAACCAGAGCCAGCCCCUGGGCAACAAAGUGGAAAUGGAGAUCGUGAGCAUGUUGGAAAAAAACACAACGCUUCUGAAAUUCGGCUACCACUUCACCCAGCAGGGGCCCCGGCUGCGGGCGUCCAACGCCAUGAUGAACAACAACGACCUUGUGAGGAAGAGGAGGCUUGCAGACCUGACUGGGCCCAUCAUUCCCAAGUGCCGGAGUGGAGUCUAAUGCGUGGUGAUGAUGACCACGCCUUUGAACUGGACAUGUUCUACGGAUGAUCUGUGCUCUGCGGUGGAAACCAGAAGGCAGAAUGCCGGCACAAAACCCCUUUGUGGUUCAGUUCUUUAUGCACUAAGGUUUUAGGUUAGCUAGUGGUUAUAGUUAAAAUUUUAUAAAUUAUGGUUAAUGUGAAGUUUUUCUUUAGUCACAGAAUUUCAGUCUGGUUAUUAUUUAAAAACUAAAAAGCCCCGAACUGGCAGAUCUUCCUGAAGAUGACAUUACAGCAGCAGUAACUUAACCCCGAGAGCCCGGUUUUGGUGGCCUUGCUCUGUGGCAUUUCAGGUGUGUUUACAAUGCGUACCACACGAACAAACAGCACUCUUCCGCACGGUGUAGAAGCAUUAUAAAAUACUUGAUUAUAAAUUUGAUCUUAGCUUUUUAGCAAGCAGAACAGAUUCUUUAUUAACCUUCCUUUAAAUUGAAGGACCUCAAGAUUAAAGUUGCCAAAUUGAUUACUGGAUCAAGAACAGAAUUUGUCCCUCAGGAAAGACAGAAAGACUGAAGCACAGCGCACUGCCAGGGAUUAGCGAGCACAAGAUUCCCUUGCUGGAUACAAGGAAAUGACAGAAAAGCCAAUGGGGAAAUUCCAAGUUUCAAAAACCAUCCUGUCUUUACCAAUCCUCGGCAACAAACAGCUCCUUGAGUGUCCUUUAUGACAUUUGGAAUUUGGAAUUUAUUUACAAUUUAACACCGGAGUCAGGAUUUUUUCCUUAUAGAAUGCUAACCUUAUGAUAGAUGUGAAAACCUAUGGCCAAAUACUUGAAAAUACCUUUUUGUAUUGCCGUGGGAAAACAUUAGAGGGAUAAAUGUCGUCUGUGCUGACAGACUUCAACUACCUGUGGCAGCACUUAUUAGACAAGUCACUGCUAAUCUCUUAAUUACAUGCCUGUAAAAAUCAAGCCUCUGAAGGCCAAUGGCGAAGAGCCAGAUAGUAAUAAAUUAGGAAACCCUGGCCAAAUCAUCCCAAGAUGAUUAUUCUGAAAAAGCAAUUUUGGUAUCUCUGCCAUAUGCCUUUCUAACAUCAUGAGCACCUCUUGGGAUCCAGCAAAAAUGUGAAGCCACAAUGCCCCUGUGCCUUUUAACAUACCACCGUGCCAGUCAAGCUAGUAUUUCUGUUGCUUGGGGAGCUACUUUCAUGAGUGACUGGACAAAUCUUAAGAUAAAGGACAGGCCACAAAGCUGACAAGCAGACUAUUCUAUAGAGCACUGGGCAGAGCAGCUUUUGAUGAAAACGGAAAAGUCUUACACACUGAACUGUAAUGGCCUGGACGGUGCAGGGUAACCAGGGGUGGAGCCAGGGCCUCACCACUAUGGAAGUGUCUACUGAGGCUGCAGAGGGGCCUAGGAGUGGCACCACACUGCAGGGACAGCCAUCCCCACCGGCUUCUCCUUGAAACACAAUUGCAGCUGUAUUCUGCAUCACUGGAAACUGCAAUCUAACAUUAAAUCUGUUGGUCUAUGAA